AUGGACGGCAACGGUGACAUAACAAAGUUUAAUCUAAAUCGGACCAAGUUUUCGCAACCUGUAAAGCGUAUCAGCGAUGUUCAUGGCGCAAACGAUUUUCAGCGGUCCUUAACAAUGCAUCGGCUUCAGACUCACCUGGAGAAGUACCUUGAGAUGGUGCAUGGUGUUGACGUGCCUAGUAGCAGUUCCAACCCUAAUGUCAAUAGGUUUGUGAGAAUAUUGGAGAGGCUUGGAGAGUUGAUUAGUGAGACUCCGGCGAGGGCGGAUGCCCCACGGCGCUUUGGUAAUCUAGCGCGUCGCGACUGGCAAGAUAAAUUGGAAGCAGAGCAAGACAAGCUUUGGGAGGAGUUCCUCCCUAUAGCGUAUGGCCAGAUAUACAGGGAUAGUAUAAUAGAGUUGCGGUUUUACUUGGGUAGUUCAUUUGGAUCCAGAGAGCGGUUAGACUACGGCACAGGCCACGAAUUGGCAUUCCUUGCAGUGUUCGUUGCGGUUGAUAUGCUAGGAGUAUGGAACUUUGGAGGUGCAAAGUUUACUGGUGAGGAUUUCCUGUUUAUUUGGUAUAAGUACUAUGAACUGGUUCAUAGAUUAAUAUUGGAGUAUACGCUAGAGCCUGCGGGCUCGCAUGGUGUAUGGGGGCUGGACGACCAUAUGCACCUUCAAUACAUAAUAGGAGCAUCGCAGUGGGCUGGUGAGGAUAAAAAGGCUCCAAUACGACCUCCAGAAGUGCAGAAUUCGAAUAUUGUUGAGAGCUACGCGGCUACGAACCUUUACUGUAAUGCAAUUGCGUUUAUUUUCCGUGUGAAGUCCGGUCCCUUUGCACAGCAUUCACCAAUGCUGUUCGACAUUUCAAGAAAUGUUCUUAGUUGGAACAAAGUUGCAAGUGGAUUGAUCAAGAUGUAUCGUGUAGAGGUUCUGAGCAAGUUUCCCGUGGUUCAACAUUUUGGAUUUGGAACAGGCUUUUUCCCGUGGGUUGAUAUUACGAAGGGUAGAUCACUACCCGCCUAUGAGAACAACGAUGAUCAUGCGGAGACUACUGGGACAGUAUCGAUACAUACUAGUCCUCCAGUACUCGGGAAGACCAUGCGCCCUCUUCAACUUGCAGCUACCCAAGCUCCAACCACCGCUGCAAACGCUAAUAAUACAAUGCCGCCGCCACGUAUGACUGUUGGCGGGGGACAUAGCACAUUGGGGCGGUACACCGUGCCCAGAAGAUGA